CUGAAAUCGAGUGCGCGAGCCAAGUGCCGGCCCGUGUACGUGGCCCAUUACAGUCGAGAAGCACUAAACUGGUGGCUGUGAGGGGUUGGUGAAUCUGUUUACAGCUAAAUGCUGGAAAUCUUGCUUGGUAAUCCUGCGUCGUGCUUUCACGUUGCGUCAGCUUCUGGUAUAAUGACGUUCGCUUUCACUCUGGAGAAGAAGCAAAGCUUUCGCCACGGCCCACACUUAUCCUACGAGUCGCCGCAAUUGCUGUAGGUGCGGCCAGUUGUGAACGUGACACUCGGUCGGGCUGAUGGUCCCCCCACCGCCUGCAGUUUCUGGACCGUGUAAGACCGCACUGCAUGGGAAGGGGACGCGCAUAAUGCACGCGACGGUUUUACUGCCCCGCCAAGGUGCGCACGCUGCUGGGCCGGCGUGACGCAGCUGCCCCCUGCGUGAAUAGGCGCGGCCGCGUGCCACCGCGGCCUCAAAGGGGGCAGACCAGAGGCCGGCAGCUGUGCACCCCCGUCGACAGCGACGGACCACUUGGGCCGCAGUGUCUACGACGCGGGUGUUGGCACUGUGGCGGUAACCUCGCGAUGUGGCUGGUAGUUACCGUCUGGGUGGUAGUGGCCAUUCUAACCUGCGGCCCCAGCGCCGUCUUGGCGCAGCCCUGCAGACCCGCCUACUGGAACACGCGAAACGGUGUCGUGCACACUGCCUGCCAGCCACGCAAUCGCAACUGCACUAUCCUGGUGCGGGGUCUGUCGAACCACGAGAAGAAGGACUUUCUGCGGCGCCACAACAAACUACGGAGCCUUGUAGCCAUGGGCCGGCUCAGGGGCUACAAGCCCGCAGCGAACAUGUACGAACUGGUCUGGGACGAUGAAUUGGCCGAAGUGGCGCAGGCAUUGGCCGACCAGUGUGGCGACAUGAUGCACGACAGAGCGGACGCCAGAUUCACUCGUCGUUUCCGGCUCACCGGCCAAAACUUAGCAUCGGAGCGGCGCUCGAAUGAUGUGCGGAAGAUAGGCAGCCUCGGUUUUGUGGACACGUGGUUUAAGGAGCACCGCGAUUACCCACCCUACCAAGUGAAGCAUUUCGAGCCGAGUUUCGGCCCACGGCCCACCGGCCACUUUACUCAGGUGAUAUGGGCGGACACCCGGUACCUUGGUUGUGGGUUUACCAUGUUUCGCAUGAAGGGAGACUUGAGCGUCAUGCCGUACCAAAAGCACUACGUCUGCAAUUACGCUGAUAGGGCACUGGAUAAGAACACGGAGCACUGUCAAGCUAUCGCCGCACCUACUACAAGUAGGAGAAUCCACGCCAGUCAAGAGGUAGGAGUGAGUACUUUGGGCGCGCGCGCGCCCCGACGAGGGCCUACGUCAUCCUCGAAGUCGCCGUUACUCGGCGCGGGUCUCCGCUCGCCGUUGCCGGCUCGCUGGUUCCCUGCCUUUCGAGCGCCUCGAGGACCUGCUGGACGGCCCAGAGCUGAUCGUCUCGGUCAUAGCUCAACAAGACACACUCUGCAGUCGGUGGCCAAUAGCCUUACAAGGUAAGGCUAUUGGCCAUUCGACAAGCAUACACUUGGAGCAUCUUUGGAACACAUGACACGAAGGUCAAGGCCGGCCUGGCGCCCUUGCUUGCCAAGAGGAAGUAGUGCGCAAAUGUGUAAAUUGUCUCUUUCGAUCAUGGCGUGAGACCUGCAUUUGAAGAAAAUUAAUAUAUCGCGCAAUAAAAAGACUUAAUUCAA